AAAAAAGUGAAAAACAACACGUAUAUGACGUGCGUCAUAUUUAAUUUAAUAAUUAUUUAGAUUUUUUUAAAUAAUACAAAACUCGGGUGAAACUCUUUUUUUUCUCCUUUAAUUACGAUGGUCGUUAGUGAAAAACCUUCAAAAAAUGAAGUCGAAGCACCUAAAAACGAGCCCAUCCCAUUGGCACCCAUCACCUUAGAAAUAUUGAAAUUGAUAAAAGACGCCCAACAACAGCACGGUUUGAGGCACAGCGACUACCAGAGGUACAGGGGCUACUGCUCCAGGCGUAUCGGUAGGCUAAGAAAAGUUUUAAAAAUCCCCCAAGGGGACAGGAGGCACUUCAAGAAACGAGAUGUGACCGAGAGUCACGUUUUGAGCCCCAAGGCUGACGAGAGGUACCUCCAACUGCCUCUGAUGUUGGCCGAAAGGUGUUGGUCUUAUGCUAUGCAAUUGAGGCAGGAAUCUAAUACUGAGCCUAGGAAGAAGUUUCACUUGGUUCAGAAGUUGAGGAAGGCUUGCGUGUAUGCUUUGCAAUUAGAUGAACUUUGCAAGUUGGAAAGGUGUGAUGCUAGAACCCAACUAGAAUCGCAAGCCUACGUAGCUUGGAUCCAUGGUUCUUUACAGUUUGAGCUUGAGCUGUGGGUCAAGGCCACUGAGAACUUAAAAAAGGCCCAAGUUAUUUAUGAAAAACUUGCUUCAACCCUUUCCGAAGACGAACAAUUACCCUACCGACAAAGGGUAGAAGAAAUAGCUCCCAGCCUGCGUUAUUGUGCUUACAAUAUUGGAGAUGAGAAAGCUGUUAAUUUAUUAGAGCUACGAAGUCAAGGUGUUUUAGAAACGUUUGAUGCUUUAGUCUCGCAAACAAAAGAAAAAACUGCCGCAGUUUUACACGAAGUCACUUGGUUCGGCUUGAACGUUCCCAUAAAAAUCGAAAAAGUGCGUCUAUUUUUGCUCAGCAUCGAAGCCCUAGAUGAUUCAUUGAAAAAUGCCGAAGACAAUCAAGCCAAAAUAAAAAUACUCGAAAAUCUGUUUAUCGAUUUGCGCGACGUGAUCACUUUGACUAGGGAAAGUGCCCGUACCGACAAGCAGGAUCAGCUGCUAUUGGCCUAUUUGUUGUCUAUUAGAAUCGAGCGCACUUCGCAAAGGAAUUUGUUGCUGUUGCAGCAAACUAAAAAGUCACAAGACUGUGUCAGAUUACUGGACAUAAACAUCCAACAAACAAGCGAGUUGUCUCAAAACGAGUCAAUCAAAAACAACAAAGUGGCUCAAAAGCAUUUCGAAAAUCACUUGUUAGCCUACAAGGCCAUAAGGUCCUAUUACCUAGCGAAAACUCACGCAGCUGCAAAACGUUGGAAGGAAGCUGCAAUUUUAUUCGACUGCGCACAUGAAGCUGUUAAAAACCUUAAAAUCGACAACUACAUAGCGGAACUGGCCCAAUAUUUGACAACAGUCAAGCAAACAGCCGAAAUUGAAGUUGUCAAUUCCAAAGCCAACUAUAUUUUAGACAGUCAAGAAGACCAAACCAUCAUUGUGCCGCAGAAAGUGGUGAAAUCCAAGAAGCCGCUCAUUGAGAGGCUGGACGAGUUCAGAGAAGAACCACAACUCUUGUCCAAAAAUCCCAAUUUGGUAUCGUUGCCGCCUAGUAUGGAACCGGUGCCAGCUAAGCCGCUGUUCUUCGAUUUGGCUAAUAAUCUAAUCGAAUUUCCGGAUCUUACUGAAAAGCUGGAAGGCCAAACCAAGACCAAACAGGCCGCCGGGAUUUCUGGAUUCGUUAAAGGCUUAUGGGGAUGGGGGUCCAAGAAAUAGAUUUUGUUUUUUUGAAUUUAUAAGAUAGGAGGGGGUUGUUUUUUUUUAUUAUUAUUAUGUAUCAAAUUGCUCA